CCAGUCUCGACGCGGCAGCGCUUACCUUAGUGUCGCGUCAUACGGGUGUGCGAUCACACGUGCGACAAAAUCAUGGGUGAGAAACGUGCCGUGCUAUGCCCGCGCGGACGACAGGUGCCCCUUCUGGUAGUGACAACCUUGUUGGUAGGCGUGCGUACGGAGCUUGUCGAUCCUAAAUUCAAGGAGCCAAUAGCCAAUGUAACCGCGCCGGUGGGAAGGGAAGCCAUUCUCUCCUGCGUAGUUCAAGAUCUCGCCGGAUACAAGGUGGCAUGGUUGCGCGUUGACACGCAGACUAUCCUGACGAUAGCGAGCCAUGUGAUCACGAAGAAUCACAGGAUCGCGGUUUCCCACAGCGACCACCGCACAUGGUUCCUUCACAUACGCGAGGUGCGAGAGUCCGAUCGAGGCUGGUAUAUGUGCCAGAUAAACACGGACCCCAUGAAAAGCCAGAUCGGUUAUCUUGAAGUGGUCGUGCCGCCCGACAUCCUGGACUACGAUACCAGCACGGACAUGGUGGUGAUGGAGGGGCGAAACGUGACUCUGCGCUGCGCCGCGACCGGUUCCCCGGCGCCUAACAUCACCUGGCGGCGUGAGGAUGGUCAGCCAAUUCAAACCGGGACCGGGGAGGAAGUUAUGACCAUAGAAGGGCCGAGCUUCAAUAUCACAAAAGUGAAUCGGCUGCAUAUGGGUUCCUAUUUAUGCAUCGCAUCCAAUGGCGUGCCACCCUCCGUCAGCAAAAGAAUAAUGCUUACUGUGCAUUUUCCACCGAUGAUUUGGGUUCAAAAUCAGUUAGUAGGUGCUCUCGAGGGUCAGAAGCUGACUCUCGAAUGCCACUCAGAGGCGUUUCCAAAGUCUAUAAAUUAUUGGACCAGAGAUCAGGACAAGAUUGUGCCGCAAGGUGGGAAGUACGACCCGGUGCUGAAGGACAACGCGUACAAGAUACACAUGAAGCUGACGAUAAAUUCCGUCAGUACGGCUGAUUUCGGCUCGUACAAAUGUGUCUCUAGAAAUUCGCUGGGCGACACUGACGGCAGCAUCAAAGUCUAUCCAUUAUUGAACUCCAACGGCACCAAAACCAAAAACAACAAUUGGGAGGCGACGUUGCAUUGCGCGAUGGAAGAUUUAUAGAGACCGGUUCCGGUGUCCUGGGUCAAUUUUAUUGAACUCUUUCCACCUCGCCGCGCACAUGCGUUUCGAGGGUUAAAUAUUGUACACGUCUAAAUAUGAGCUGCAAAAUUAAGCGAAAGAAUAUGAUCUCUUGAAAAUUAAUGGAGAAUUGAAGAGCAAUUAUUAAUGAGUGUCUGCUAAGAGCGAAUUUAGUGCAUGCGAUCAUUAAUUUUUAAUAGGAUUAGGGGGAGUUUUUUUGUCAGAGCGAUCGUUAUUUAUCCCUCUCGCAGAAAUAUUAGAGCUGCGAGAUAGAGCACGGGUAUUCUCUGGUGCAUGCGAAAGUAACGAAGCAGCGUUUUCACGAAAUUUCACGCGGAAACUUAACAACGUGAAGGCAAACACGUUGGUCAUACCUCAGGUCCUUCCACAAUCUGCGCCGGGUUUGUCCUGCGGAGUACGAACGGCAGUCCUGCUCUCCUUCGUUUUCCUCAUUACUUGAGAAAACACGCGGUUCAAGCCGCAUUUUUCACGGAGACAAACGAACUCCGCGCUCGCGCCCUGAGCAAAACGCUAGAUCGCUUUUCCAAUAGCGACAGAAUACCUAUUCCUUGCUCCACCCUCACUUUUUAUCCUUAUUUAUCAGUAAACCUGCCGCUAGUUUACACAAAAAUUUAUUGCAUUUUUUGCGAUAGAGAAAAAUAUACUGCAGCAUAAUUUCUGCUUAUACGAAAUAGCAUUUUUUAAAUUGCAUAAAAUUACAAUCAAUGAAUUCCAAAAAUGUGCAAUCUGACUGUCGUCCAGAUUUUAUAAAAAUUUAAAUGAAACAACACAACGUAACUAAAUUUUUAUUAAACACACACAUAUAUAAGCGAGUAUAAUUUGUAUUUAUUAAAACGAGAAAUUUAUUUAUUCUGUGACACAAACUCGUCUCUCAUAAAUUGUUCCUCUCUUCGUGUCUACUGUCAUCGCUACUUCUCUGGCAAUUGAUUUAACAACCAUCGU